GGAGAUUGUAAUCUAUGAACAAGUAGUUGCACAAUCUAGUUGGGCACGGGCAGAGUGGUUUCCCCCUAAUGAAGCACCAUGUUACCAAAAAGACUUAAUCUUAUAUUAGUGCUAGUAAUAGUCAUGUUACUCUCAUUCCUUUUUUAUGACAAGCUACUAAUAAAAAACCCAGAAUACCUUUCAACCUAUUCUUCAGUCAACCCUCACAUGCGUGUUACCACAGAGGUGAUAAGCCUCAAACAUAAUCCACCCUACGUUGCAUCCCUGAGAAACCACAGUGGUAACCUCCCAGACAUUUAUUUAAACGAUAAAUCCAAAAAACCGAAAGGGUUCAACAGUACCUGUGCCAGGUUUCCCGAUUUCUUCAAUCUCCACUUCAGGAACGAUCACUGGCAGAUACAAAACACCACCAAAGGUAUCCUCUUUUUGUUCAACGCCUAUUUGGACAAACGAGACAACGUGGUCAGAAUCGUGGCUGCGUACGAUGUAUACAGGUCACAAACACCUUUGCACUGCCAGUUGUGGUACAAUGGUAGUACGCAACCCGUAUUAGUAAAAAGUGAGGUUCCCUUUUGGAUGUUCUACCCCAAAUGGGGUGCCGAUAAUGGCUACUUCAUCCACCCAUACUUAAUAACGUGUCCUGUUGUCCUACUGGAUAAUGCUUCUCCAGUUUCCGUAUCCCUAGCUGAGAACCCUUGCGAUUCAACUACCAACAAUGUGAAGAUCUACAACCCUGACUAUAAAGAGAAGAAGAAUUUUGUGGUGUGCGUGAAAGGGAUGUCGUUUCCGUACGACGAUCAUAGUGUACGUUUGACGGAAUGGAUUGAGCUUCUGCGGAUUUUAGGUGCCGAGAAGGUCAAUUUUUACGAGUUCAAUGUUCACCCGAACACUCAGAGGGUUCUAGACUAUUAUGUCGCCAAGGGUUUCGUUGAAGUGACCCCUGUUACCAUAGCGGGAGAUUCUUCCAACCACCCUCUCCUCCAGAGUUGGUUUCUGCGAAAAAAAAUCAUCUCGAGGCGGCUUCAAGAAGUCCUUCCUUUCAACGAUUGUCUUUACAAGCACUUGUCUGGGUACAAGUACGUUGUGCUUUUGGACACCGAUGAAGUGAUAGUGCCAGCGAAUGGUACCUGGGUGGAACUAAUUGAAACUGUGCAACACAAGUAUCCUAAUAGUUCGUCUUAUGUGGCUCGUAAUGUCUAUUUUUUUGACGAGUAUUUGCACCAACACGACUGGUUUGAUGGUAUUCCGAAGUACAUGCAUAUGCUGCAGCAUGUGUAUAGAGCUAAGAACUAUACUAAACCCGGGCAUUUUGUUAAGGGUUUCCAUGAUACUGAAAAAGUGGUGGCUUUGCACAACCAUUUACCUUUCAAGUGUCACAACUCUUGUAGAACCAAAGAGAUAGAUUUGAAUUUGGGACAUCUUCAGCAUUACCGGGUUGAUUGUGCGUCUGGUGUAGGUAACUGCCAGUCGAUGAAAGCAAAUAGUGUUUUGGAUACGAGAAUGUGGAAUUUUAAAGACGAAUUAAUAGGAAGUGUACAAGCGACUUUUAAAGAAUUAGAUUUGGAUAUUUCUGAUUGUGCUUAUAAGUGA